GCCAGCCACAGGCUUUUGCAUUGUGGCACCGAUGGUGCUCAAAUGAUGUUUGAACAUUACAAUUUAUUAUGACGCAAUGGCCCGUUAAAGCUUUAUUUAUAUUAUGUGCUAUUACUGCAACAUUAGCGUACCACAGGUCGGAAAGCAUUUGGAACGAUGAGCAGAGCGAUUCCAUGUGGGAUUUGGUGGACGACAAUGACAUCUCAUGGAUUUGGAAAACACGACAGACCACCAAAAAUGUGAAUCAUGAAGACUUUGAGAAAACCGAAUCAAACGAAAAUAAAGCUUCAAUUCUUUGGCGGAAAAUUGCAGCAUUCUUCAAAUCAAUUUUCAUAAUUGGGUCAGAAAAACAGCUUGAGGAUAAUUCCUUCAAAUCAAAAUUCAACAAAUCCUCUCACGCUCGAGUUAAAAGAGCACAGAAUCGGCAGUUGAUGGUGAAAUGCUGCGGCUCUCAGACUUGCAGUGAUGGGAGUACGGCUAACUAUGAGCGGCGACAGGUGGCAAAGGACCAGAAAGAAAAAGAGUCGGCGUUUGUCAAUGAGAUGCAGUACUCGGGAAAACGCAAGAGAAAGAAAAGACCAAAAGUCAACCUGGACCAGCUGCGGGCUUAUGGAGUUUUCACCGCCGAAGGCAUCCACAUUUCCUGCGCAGGCUGUCCAUCGGGGUGGCCGGAUAUGCUGACCGUCUACCCUGACUACGAGAUCGGAAUUCCGGUCACUUGCUCCAAUUGCCCCAAUAACUGGCCGGGGGCGCUCAACCUGCUCGGUGUGGGAGGCGAUCCGACCUGGAAUAAUCAACAACCUUCCGAAGGGAAUAAUGGCUUUGGUCAAGGAGGAGGGACAAAUAAUUUCUUUUCUUUUGACACUGGGAGCAAUUUCGGUGGCGGCGGAGGAGCAGUAGCUUUUCCUCCAAGUGGUUCUGGAAAAAAUGGAGGCAAAACUGACAAUCAAAAUUAUGGGGGACAGGACGAUUAUUACAGUGACGAAACUGACAGUGCGCCGUUAGCAAGGAGCACCAGGCCAAAACGGCGAGGAUCCACCACAGCGGCAGCAACUGGAAAUGGAGAUGAUGGGGAAACGUCGGAGCCAAAUGAAGAUGCUGGAGCUGAUGAUGGAGGUGGCAAUGGGGAGGAGGAAGCUGCUUCCAGUAGUCCAACAGAAUCAACGUCAUCGUCCGAAGUGACAUCCACAAAAGCUGAGGGAGCUGCAAGAAAGUCUGCCGGAACAUCCGCUGCUAGUACAAAUCGUGCAGUAACAGAAUCAACACCAGCAGCGGAUGACACCGAGGAUGGUGGUAGUGAUGCAACAGGAUCCAAUGAUGAAGAAGAAACAAAAGACGCAGCAACUACUGAAGCCGCCAAAGCUGGAAAGACAGCAAAAGCAACAAAAGAUGCAGCAGCAAGUGAAACCUCCAAAACUGCAGAGACAACUAAAGCAAAGGUGGCCACAACAGCCGCUCCAGCGGCAGGGGAUGACUUUAACUUGGAUUCUCGAUGAAAUAAAAUA